AAGGAACGGAAUUUAUUGAAAAUUUCCAUAUCAAAUUUCAAGUGUUCAAAAAAAAAAAUAAAAAAAUAAAAAAAGUAGUUUCAAUGUCAAUAGCAUUGCAUUAUAGUUUUCGAAAGAUUGAUUAUGAGACGUUUUGUGAUGACAAUGAGAUACCAAAGGAAUCAGUUGAGCAAGUUUAUCUUAAAGCAUGUGAUUUAAUAAAGUUUCCAGAUUGGCUUAUGCGAUUAAAGAAUUUAACGCACAUUAAUAUCUCGUGUAAUGCCUUAGAAUUCGUUCCUGUUGAUAUCAAUACGCUCGAAAAUUUAAAUUAUCUCGAUUUGUCUGAUAAUCAAUUAAUGGAACUUCCGCCCACCUUCUUUGAGUUAGUACAAUUAAAAUAUUUAGAUUUAUCGGGGAAUUAUCUCGAUUGUAUAGUCCCAGCCAUAAAGAAUUUAAAGAAUCUCGAACUGCUGAACUUUGAUCGAAAUUUUCUAAUGGAAAUACCGCAAGAGCUCACUCAAUGUACGAAGAUUUUUCAACUCUCGUUUGACGAAUGCUCGCGACUAUUUACACUCCCAAAAAAUUUAUUUACAAUGCCAAUGCUCGUGAGUGCAUCCUUUAGGGGAUGUAACUUAAUAACAAUACCCGCAGUUGUUGCCUCAAAUUUAUGUCAUUUGUCACUGUACGGGAAUCAACUGUUAAACUGUGUUCCACAUGAUAUAUUCAUUAAGUUCAUACCAGUCACCACAAGUGCGUCAGAUUUUUACAUGAUCGAUGAGGAUAACUUGAAUAAUCUACACGAAGCAAGAACGGAUUUCAUCACAAAUAGCUCAAAUUCAAUAAAUCACAUCACAUUACCCAAUGGAAUCAUCGCAAAUUUACCUCAAGACCUCACCAAAUUGUUCUAUAAUCACUCAUCACACAGUCUAGUGUCGUUAAAGGAAUUAUGUAUGAGGAAAAUCAUGACAAAUUCUCAACUUAAAAACGACCUCGAAUACCUUCCGUAUAAUUUAAGGAACAUAAUAGCACAUCCAACUGCAAUUUGCCAGUGUCGAUCUUUAAUUUUUGCCGAAGCACAUUCUAUAUUUUUUUACGAGAAAAUCAACCGAAAUCCAUUUUUAAGCAUCGUCAAGUUUUUCUGCUCUUCCAAUUGUUUAACCAUUUUUUGUGAAGAAAAUAAAAAGAAAAUUGCUGUAAUUGCUUAAGACAAACAAACCUUACUGCUUUUAAUAAUUUUUACAUUUUUCUAUGUUAUGGUC